UGACGCCUGUCAUGGGCCGCCUCCAUGGCCCGAGGCGGCGUGAAUGCCGGGUUCUUGCUCCGGGCGGCCCGAGGCUCCUGGUGGAGUUGGUCCGGGGGAACGGCGGCCCCGGAGGCGACCCGGAAGCUGGGGAGCGCGGGCUCUGCAUCCGCGGGAGAGGCGGCCGGAGGCCCCCGAGCGGCCGGGGGACGUGGUGAACGUGGUGUUCAUAGACCGCGCCGGACAGCGGAUCCCCGUGAGCGGCAGAGUCGGGGACGACGUUCUUCACCUGGCCCAGCGCCACGGGGUGGACCUGGAAGGGGCCUGCGAAGCCUCCCUGGCGUGUUCCACCUGCCACGUGUACGUGAGCGCGGCCCACCUGGACCUUCUGCCUCCCCCCGAGGAGAGGGAGGACGACAUGCUGGACAUGGCGCCCCUGCUCCAGGAGAACUCCCGCCUGGGCUGCCAGAUCGUGCUGACCCGCGAGCUGGACGGGGCGGAGUUCACGCUGCCCAGGAUCACCCGCAACUUCUACGUGGACGGCCACGUGCCCAAACCCCACUGACGUGGCGGGGGGGGGG